AUCAAUAACACACACACAAAAAACACUGAAAUCAAGGAUUCUUGAAUUUCAUACGAUCUGUAUAAAUAUGCCGAUAUAUUCGUCUUCUGAAUUGGAAGACUCUGGUGAUCACAAAGUUCCAUCCAUCAAAUUGUUCCGUCGUGACAGACCGUUACAUUCUGUACUUGGCGGAGGACAUGUUGCGGACUUACUUCUAUGGAGGAAUAAAAGCUUAUCAGCAGCGAUUCUACUCGGGGUUACGAUGAUAUGGUUUCUUUUUGAAGUCGUUGAGUACAACUUUGUUUCUCUUAUAUGUCACAUCUCGAUCCUUGUCAUGUUGAUGGUCUUCAUUGUCUAUACAAUGGCAAAAUUUGCCGAUUGGGAUCUUCCAGAUAUCCACGAGAUAACGAUACAAGAAUCCGCAUUCAAAUGGUUAUACAGAAAAAUAAACUGGCUCUUACUUCGAUUCUAUGAGAUCUCAAGUGGGGAAAACUUCAUUGAAUUUUUCCUGGUGAUCGCGUCGUUGUGGAUAACUUCAGUUAUUGGGAGUUAUUUCAGUUCUUUGAACCUCUUGUUCUUUUGUGUGAUUUGCCUCGGAACUUUACCCGCAUUGUAUGAACAAUACGAGAAGGAGGUUGAUCAUCUAAUAAGCAAAGGGGUCAGAGAUGCGAAGAAGGCUUUCAAGAAAUUUGACGCCCAAGUCUUGAGCAAGAUACCACGAGGACAUGUUAAGGAGAAGAAACGCAAAUAAAUGUUAAAAACUUCGUUAACUUUAAUUAGUUUACGAGGGCAUGCACGCUUGUACACACAUCAACAAAUAUCAUAAUGUCUAAGUUUAAGAUCGUAUAUUAUUCAUAUGUGAAUAUAAGAUACAAACUUAUUGAAAUCAAUCGACGUUAAAAAAAAUUCU